AUGAGCUCCCCAGCACCCUCCACCGCCGCAAGGAGCACCCUCAACCCCUUCCUCCCCUCCCCUCGCCUUCCACUCGAGUUGAUGGACCUCAUCAUCCAUCACUGCGACGAGCCCCUCUACUUCGUCGGUCACCUAUCAGACGAGCGACUGAAGACCCUCGCCACGCUGUCGCGCGUCUCGAGAUACUUCGCGGAGCGUGCACAGCCGGCGCUCUUCAAGCGGAUUGUCGUCGAGUACCCUAUCAACCUUGCGAAUCUAACGCCAGCAGGCGUUCGACUUCUUGAUACGUUGGAGGACAAGGAAAGGCUGAGGGCUGCAGUACGGGCGUUUGACAUUCACGUCGUUCUCAAGACCUACCCCAUUCCAAUCCGCGACAGCUUCAAGAGAUCUCUGCGACGUCGCUUCCUGAAGGUCUUCCAAUCUCUCUCUCGCGUCGAGGCCGUCACUUAUCACGGUUCUGCGGAUGCUGUCCCGCGGGUGAAGAUGGCGAUGUGGAAGUGCUUACCAUCCAGCACCCAAAUCCUCGACUUGCUCAACUUCGAAAUCACCCCGGACGAGGUGUUCAGGGGCUUCAAUGGCGCAAAGCGAAUUAGGGCCAACCCGCUGUCAGUACUCGUCGACAGCUGGCAUAUUGCCCGGUAUCGACAGGUCUUUCCAGCUGGCGGCGCCCACCAACUCGACUUCAUGGACCUUACGGACGCACGUAGUCCGUACGUGCAGCGGACGACAUGA